UAAUAAGUUCCCUGUCCAUGUCCACUGUUUUCUCUCUCCUCAAAAAGAAUCACAAAUUCCCACUCCUCACUUCAAACAUCCCACUUUAAUCAAAUCUCCCCCAAUUUCUCCCCCCUUUUCAACAUUAGGGUUAGGGUUACUACCUAAUCGAGCUCCAAUUCCAUAGUUAGGGACCUCCCUUUCUCCAAUUUCAUCGAUUUAUUCAAAAACAAAAACCCUAAAAAAAUUCAAUUCGGAAAUUUCCCCCAAAAUGUAUCCCCAUGAGCAGCAUUUGAGCGUGUCUCCAUCUUCCCCGAGUCAGCUGCAGGAAUCCCAAGCUUUGAUCGAGCAAAACGACAUCGUUCAAAGGGUGGGUGAUUCAGUCGAUGACCACUACCAACACAACCACCACCACCACCACCAUGGUCAGCACCGAUGUUCCGACGAUGGGCCUGUUGCUUUCGAGGGAGAUUCAAUCUAUGCUGUCGAUAAUUAUGGGAGAGUUGAAGGCUCUGAUCAGCUUACGCUUUCGUUUCGUGGUCAGGUUUAUGUCUUUGAUUCUGUCACUCCUGAUAAGGUUGAAGCAGUUUUAUUGGUUCUAGGAGGGAAUGUGGGAGGGAGUGCACCAACUCCAGCUUCACAAGGUGCAGAAGCAUCACAUGUAGCACAUAUGAGCCAGCAGGAUAUGAUGGUAUAUCCAGGACGCAGUAGUCUACCACAGCGAGAGGCAUCUUUAAAUAGAUAUCGGCGAAAGAGGAACGAACGCACUUUUGAUAAGUUAAUUAGGUAUAACGUUCGGCAAGAAGUGGCACAGAGGCAGCCCCGUAGCAAGGGACAAUUUACAUCUUCAAAGAAGGGGGGUGAAUCUUCUGGAUGCAACGCUCAAGAUUCAGGUCCUGAUGAGACGCAGUUAGAAACGUCAUGUACUCACUGUGGAAUCAGUUCACUGUCAACUCCAAUGAUGCGGCGUGGGCCAAAUGGACCUAGGACUCUUUGUAAUGCAUGCGGGCUUGUGUGGGGAAACAAGCGUACUUUGAGGGAUCUUUCAAAGAAGCAAGAUCCAUAUGUUAUGCCAAACGAACUGACUGGUGCAUCCCCGUUUAGAGCAACUGAUAUACUCGGAGAAGCCAAAUAUGUAAAUUUCGGAGAAAAUGACAGUCCUGCAUUAAUCGCACAACACUGAUUCUGUCAAUUGUGCUGCUGUUUUAGCUAGACUGCUACUACUACUACUACUACUACUACUACUACUGGUGAUACAAUCACAGGAAUUAUUACUGUAUUUGAUGACAUUAAACAGAGAUUUGAAACAGCUGUGCAGUAAAAAGGUAAAAGAGAGAGAUUAGCAUUUGGUGAAAUUGAGGCACUUGAGCUAGCAAGGGAGUGUGUACUACUAUUCUUCCAAUGAUUUAGCUAGCCGUUGGAAAAAGGCGCUGUCGUAGGAAUCUUCUAGAAUAAAACCAUCUGUUACUAAUUUUAUUUCCUAGACAGUGUAAGGGUUGAGCUAUAUAAGGCUAACUUUGUUUGUAAUGAAUAUACUUUUCAUAUAUGAAAUCAAAAGGUCUUGUGCGCACAAA